AUGAGCAGCAUCGCCGGUUCAGACUCGACUGCCACAGCCAUCCGCAUGACCAUGCUGUGUCUCCUCAACACGCCCGCCAGCCUAAACGGACUCCGCCGCGAGAUUGACGCAGCAAUGUCUCAGGGCCGUAUCAGCUCGCCCAUCACCGACGUCGAGGCCCGCGAGUUGCCCUAUCUUCAAGCUGUGAUAAAGGAAGGUAUCCGCAUGUACCCUCCUUCAACGGGCCUCAACUACAAGCAAGUCGCCAAAGGCGGGGCUGAGCUCUGCGGUUAUUAUCUCCCAGAAGGAACGCAAUUAGGCGUCAACGUACAGAAGUUGAUGAGGUCGAAGGAGACCUUUGGUAUUGAUGCAGACGUGUUCCGCCCAGAAAGAUGGCUCGAAGCCGCUGCCGACGAGGAGCGAUUCAAAGAAAUGAGCGACGUCAUCGAACUCGCCUUCGGUUAUGGACGGUUCCAGUGUCUUGGAAAGACGAUUGCAUAUAUGGAGCUGAACAAGAUCUUUGUUGAGUUGCUUCGGAGGUUCGACUUUGCGGUGGUCAAGCCUCAAGAGCCGCUGAACCUUUACGAUGCGGCGUUUUGGGUCACGACGGACUUUUGGCUACGUGUUACUCGACGCCCUGAUACCGGUGCUUAG